GGGGGGCCCGAGGGGCGACGCCGUGACAGCUUUCAACCUCCCGCCCCCCGGGAGUCGGGAGGUUGGCGGCCCCAAAAGCUUUUCAGUUCAGUGUGAAACUGUUGGCGCGAGGGAGCAAAGGUGGAGUGAUGUAAUGCUCUGGCUGCCCCACAGCAUCUUUUGUCGCGGGAUGGUUUUUCCAGUCAUCUCUAUGAAUCAAAUGUGAGGGGCUGCUUUGUGGAAGGAGUCCUUUGCAAGAGCACAUCCACGGGAAAGAGAAAGAGACAUUCACUUGGAGGGCUCUUGCUGAAAUGGGUUUAACUCUCCUUUUGCCAGUCACCACCAGCCUGACCUCAUCCGUUUUUAGUACAAUGGAGCGGCUGAACCUUUGAGCUCAAACCUCCCCCCCCUCCCCCCCACGCCCCCGUUACAUCAUCGUGGCAAAUUAGAGGAGGAGGUGGGAAAGAGGACUGACUGUUGUCAUGGCCCAUGAGAUGAUUGGAACUCAAAUUGUUACUGAGAGGUUGGUGGCUCUGCUGGAAAGUGGAACGGAAAAAGUGCUGCUGAUUGAUAGCCGGCCAUUUGUGGAAUACAAUACUUCGCACAUUCUGGAAGCCAUUAAUAUCAACUGUUCGAAGCUGAUGAAGCGAAGGCUGCAACAGGACAAAGUGCUAAUUACAGAACUCAUCCAGCAUUCGGCCAAACACAAGGUGGACAUUGACUGCAGUCAGAAGGUUGUCGUAUAUGACCAGAGCUCCCAAGAUGUGGCCUCUCUGUCUUCAGACUGUUUUCUCACUGUACUUCUGGGUAAACUGGAGAAGAGCUUCAGCUCCGUUCACCUGCUUGCAGGUGGCUUUGCUGAGUUCUCCCGUUGUUUCCCUGGCCUCUGUGAAGGAAAAUCCACUCUCGUCCCUACCUGCAUUUCUCAGCCUUGCUUACCUGUCGCCAACAUUGGGCCGACCCGAAUUCUUCCCAACCUGUACCUUGGCUGCCAGCGUGAUGUCCUCAACAAGGAGCUGAUGCAGCAGAAUGGGAUCAGCUACGUGUUAAAUGCCAGCAACACCUGCCCAAAGCCUGACUUCAUCCCUGAGUCUCACUUCCUGCGGGUACCUGUGAAUGACAGCUUUUGUGAGAAAAUUUUGCCUUGGCUGGACAAAUCGGUAGAUUUCAUUGAGAAAGCAAAAGCCUCCAACGGCUGUGUCCUUGUGCACUGUUUGGCCGGGAUCUCUCGCUCAGCCACCAUCGCCAUUGCCUACAUCAUGAAGAGGAUGGAUAUGUCCCUCGAUGAAGCUUACAGAUUUGUGAAAGAAAAAAGACCUACUAUCUCUCCAAACUUCAAUUUCCUGGGCCAACUCCUGGACUAUGAGAAGAAGAUUAAGAACCAGACUGGAGCCUCGGGGCCAAAAAGCAGACUCAAGCGACUGCACCUGGAGAAGCCAAAUGAGCCUGCCCCUGCGGUCCCAGAGGGCAGCCAGAAAAGCGAGGCGCCCCUCAGUCCGCCCUGUGCCAACUCUGCUACCUCAGCGGCAGCAGGGCAAAGGCCGGUGCCUCCUGCCGGUGUGCUGCCCAGCGCCCAGCCGGCCUUGCUGGAGGACGGCUCCCUGGCCCAGGCGCUCAGCGGGCUCCACCUGCCCUCAGACAGGCUGGAAGACAGCAGUAAGCUCAAGCGUUCCUUCUCGCUGGACAUCAAGUCAGUCUCAUACUCAGCCAGUAUGGCAGCGUCCUUGCGUGGUUUUUCCUCCUCAGAAGAGGCUCUGGAAUACUACAAACCUUCCACCACGCUGGACGGGACCAGCAAGCUAUGCCAGUUCUCUCCCGUGGAGGAAGUGUCCGAGCAGACUCCGGAGAGCAGCCCAGAUAAGGAGGAGGCCGACGUCCCCAAGAAGCCUCCUAGCAGCAGGCCCACAGACAGCCAGAGCAAGCGACUGCAUGCAGUAAGAGCCAGCGCCGGCGGAGCGGCCCCCCCCAGGCCCCUCUUGUCCCCCCUGCACCGCAGCGGGAGUGUGGAGGACACUCACCACACCAACUUCCUCUUCGGCCUGUCCACCAGCCAGCAGCACCUCGCGAAGUCUGCCGCUGGGCUGGGCCUCAAGGGCUGGCACUCAGAUAUCUUGGCUCCCCAGACCUCCACCCCUUCCCUGACCAGCAGCUGGUACUUUGCCACGGAGUCGUCUCACUUCUACUCCGCCUCGGCCAUCUAUGGCGGCAGCGCCAGCUACUCGGCCUGCAGCUGCAGCCAGCUGCCCACAGGCAGCGACCCCGUCUAUUCUGUGCGCAGGCGGCAGAAGCCAGGUGACAGGGCGGACUCGCGGCGCAGCUGGCACGAGGAGAGCCCGUUUGAAAAGCAGUUUAAACGCCGGAGCUGCCAGAUGGAGUUUGGAGAGGGCAUCAUGUCAGAGGGCAGGGCGCGGGAGGACCUGGGGAAAGUGGGCAGCCAGUCCAGCUUUUCAGGCAGCAUGGAAAUCAUCGAGGUCUCCUGAGAAGGUGCUUGUGGCUUCUAUGGAUUUUUUUCCUUGUUCACGAAAAAUAUUCCCUGUAAAUCUGAAAUAUAUAUAUGUACAUAUAUAUUUUUGGAAAAUGGAGCUAUGGUGUAAAAGCAAAAGAUGGAUCAACACAGUGGUUCUCUCUCCACAUCUGCAUCCGAGAAAUCAGCUAGUGUUCCUCCCUACAGAAGUGGGGCAGAUGCCAGAUUCUCCGACAGAUGGAUUUAAUGCAGUGAAUUGCACAGCCUCUUGUUCUCACUAAAUCAAGUUUUAUUGGGUGUCACAGGCCGGAAUCCCCUACUGUUUUCAUGCCGUGCUCAAAGAGCACUCAACUGCUUCUCUCUGUCCAGUCCCUGCCGUAGUGCACCUUAGUGCUGAGUCUGAGCCAGCCUGUGGGUCGGGUGGGUAGACCCUCUUAGGGACAGAACCUGAUGGCGAUCCAAGAGAAGUGACCACAUCCACACCACGUCACCUGACAGCCAGGUGACGCGAGCAUCGUUCUGCUGGACCGGCCAUUAGGGGCCUUGCCGAGAUGUGCUUAGAGCAAACCCAGUACCUCAGACAGAAGUCGGGGCUCUCACCACUGCCAUGUCUGGGCCCAUUUCCUACGCGUCGUGAAUAGGUAGGUAGCUAGCCACACUUUCAGACCAAUUCAGACUGUCUAUGCACAAAUUCCCACUUGGGCCUGGAUGGAGGUAGUUAAUUUUUUCCUUCUUUUUCUCAACUCUACGAAGAAAGAGAAGGGAAGCCAUCUAGGAUUCAAUGUAACAGCCAGACAUCUGGUCAUAGUGAUGUAUGUAUGCUAAGGUUGGGACGCUAAACAAGUCUAUCUCCCUCUUUAUAAAUCAAACAAUUGUUCGAAAUGGGAUUAUUAAUCCUUUAAAUAAAGAUUAACUUGGUUU